CCCAUUAUUGACCACCACAAGCUCUUACACCUGUGCUGUGGCUGCAUGUGAACCACAGCUGCAUGUGAAGUCCAAAGACUACACACAGAGGAGAGCAGAAUUUGGAGAGGAUCACCGUGUGAUUGAGGGAGGGACUAAAAGUGUGCAUAAUAUUCCUUCCUCUGUGGGACUCGCUGCGAGGCAGGUACAGCAUCUCUGCAGUCCACCGCUCAGCUGUCACACUCAGCUGCCCAGGCGCUUCCAGUUUAAAGGAAACUUCUCACACCGCAGUCGCAGGCCCUGCUUCUCCUGUCCGCAGCGUCAGUGAUGAGUUACUACAUGGAUCCAGUUUCUUCCUACCCGGCCCUUCACCCCUGUGACCGUCUGGGCGCAAUGAGGCAUAGUGGCGGGGUGGCAGUGGGCCCUCAGACCCACCUCCCAGGUGUGGUUCACCCUCAGCAGCAGUACUACCCAUCACAGCCUCUUUACAUCCAGGACAUACCCCUGCAGGAGGUGCCCAACGGACACGACUUGUGCCCUGCAGAUCCGGAGUGUGGAGAUGUGCCCUUGCUAACUCCAGGAAGUAAAGAGAUGAUGUCCCAGGCUCUGAAGGCCACCUUCAGUGGCUUCACGAAAGAACAGCAGCGGCUGGGUAUUCCCAAAGAUCCCAGACAGUGGACAGAAAACCACGUGGCUGAGUGGCUAACAUGGACAGUGAACGAGUUCAGUCUGAAGAAUGUUGACUUUGACAAAUUCUGCAUGAAUGGAGCCAGUUUGUGUGCGAUGGGGAAGGAGCGCUUCCUGGACUUAGCACCUGACUUUGUGGGUGACAUCCUUUGGGAACAUUUAGAAAUGCUUCAGAAAGAGGAUGCAAAGCAUUACCCCAUCAAUGGACUGACCUCCAACUUCCAGGAAUCCCGUUAUACCUCAGACUACUUUGUCAGCUACGGUGUUGAGCAUGCUCAAUGUGUCCCUCCUUCUGAAUACUCAGAGCCCGGCUUCAUCACAGAGUCUUACCAGACACUUCAUCCCAUCAGCUCGGAGGAACUGCUGACGCUCAAGUAUGAGAGUGAAUACCCUUCUGUCAUCCUACGGGACACGCCCCUCAACCCGCUGCAAGCAGACUACUUCACUGUCAAGCAGGAGGUGGUAUCCCCUGACAACAUGUGUGUGGGACGCCUUAGCAGAGGUAAGCUCGGCGGCCAGGACUCCUUCGAGAGCAUCGAGAGUUUCGAGAGCUGCGACCGAUUGACCCAGUCGUGGAGCAGCCAGUCCUCAUUCAGCAGCCUGCAGCGGGUACCUUCGUACGACAGCUUUGACUCAGAAGACUACCCUACUGCCUUGCAUAGCCACAAGCCCAAGGGCACUUUCAAAGACUAUGUGAGGGAGCGCUCAGACCUCAGCAAGGAUAAACCCGUCAUCCCAGCGGCUGCACUGGCAGGAUACACAGGCAGCGGGCCCAUCCAGCUGUGGCAGUUUCUCCUGGAGCUGCUGACCGACAAGUCUUGCCAGUCCUUCAUCAGCUGGACAGGCGACGGCUGGGAGUUCAAGCUUUCUGACCCAGAUGAGGUUGCUCGGAGGUGGGGCAAGAGGAAAAACAAGCCCAAGAUGAACUAUGAGAAGCUGAGCCGUGGCCUACGCUACUACUAUGACAAGAAUAUCAUCCACAAGACAUCGGGGAAACGCUACGUCUACCGCUUUGUCUGUGACUUAAAAAGCCUGCUGGGGUACACUCCCGAGGAGCUCCAUGCAAUGUUGGACGUAAAGCCCGAUACGGAUGAGUGAAAGCGAAGAAGAAACAUGAAGUGAAGUCAAAAGUUAAGGAGACACGUGGACUGGGGCUCAUAAAGUGGUCUUAACUGUUUUGAUAGAGUCGCUAAACCGUUUUCUGGGGGGACCAAAAUGUUUUUAAUGACUAACUGUGGUCUUUGUCAACUUCAAGCUCCUGUCUCUCAGACCAUGUUUUAAAAAGAAGGCACAAGCCAAAAGCCUGUAUUCAUACCCUGUUGCAUUUGAGAUGUGUGUGCGCGCAUGUGUGUGUGAGCGUGCGCGUGUGUGAUUAUAUACCGGUAUUAUUUAGCAGCUCGGGGCAGAUGGAGCGCUAUCGGGUAGAGUUCAGGUUCCCUGCUGCCUAAGUAGCACAGUGGGGAGAUGAGAGGACCAAGACAGAAAGUGUGACAGACGCGAGAGAGAAAGAGCAAAAUAAUUGAUUCAUUUCAUCGCUGGGGUAGAGCAGGCGGAAGGUUCCUGCUAAGAAAAAAAGGGGUUGCCAAAAUGUAAAAACCAAACUAAGGAAGGUAUAAUGACAUAUUUACAUAUAUGCUCACUGUUUCUCUUUGGCAAAAAGACAGAAUUCUCAGCUUGGACCAAAAAAAAAUGUCAUUUCUGAUCUGUUGUUUGAGGAGUGUAUGCUUGUGCCAGUAUUAUAUUAUUGAUGUUGAGAACACCCAAUGUAAACCUACCAGGCAUAUAUUGGAAAGAGUAUUUUUCUUAUGUUGUCAAUGAAGGUAUUACAGUGGAACCAAACGUUAGAUGCCAAGUUUAUCUGUUCUGUAGGAGCCUUUAACUGAAAUGUGCUGAUUUGUUAUCAGACAACACUAUAGACACUGGCCCUGUGCUUUGUAGGGUUUUGAGGACCUGGUGACAUUACUCAUACCAAGAGUGUCUGAUAGACAGACAACUGAAAGCAGCCGUUGCUUUUGAAACUGACGCUUUCACCUUUACGUUGAUGUUUGCCACCUUGUUUGAGACACACAUUGUGACUGAAACUUAUGCAUUUUUGCAUAUACCACCAGUAUUAGAAGACUGUAGACAAUCUAUGUGGGGGAAUUCAGGAGUCCUCGGUGAGAGGAGUUGUUUAAUGUGCAGAUUAGAUGCAUAAUUUUGUCGGUUCACUGUCCAUGUGAGUGUUGCUUUAGUAGUGUUUGAAUAGCCUCCUGUCUGUCUAUACAAUGAAUUCAUAAGUGAACUAGUUGAGGGAGUGAUUUUACAGAAUCCUAAGAAUGUCAAAUUUUCUUUUAUUAUGCAGUACAUUUUGGCCAUAACGAUGCAGCUGCAGUGUAGUGUGAAGGUACAGUGUAGGAAAAAGGGACAGGCAAUAGAAAAACGUUGACGAGGGAGAAUCAGAGGUUGCGUGGGAUAGAUGAAGGUGACUGAGAGGAAUCUGCGGAGACUGCAGGUGAUGAUCACUUGUGAGGUCCGACAGAGAGACGGACAGAAAUGAUGCAAGUUGGCGCUGCUCAGAGGUUUGCAUUACAUGGGUUUUGUACUUCAUUUUCCACUGCCAGCGUGGUUGGAUGCAUGAAUGCAGCUGAAACCUCAUUGCAAAUAGAGGCAUUUCGGACCAGUGGCAGACAUUUGUAUUUAAUUUUGUAGGUUUGUGAGUUACUUAUCUAUGAUCAAAACAAUGCUCAGGUCAUGGUGAGUAACUCAUGUAUCAUUCCACCCACACUUGUGCAGUGUGCUCAGAACACAUGCAUAAAGAUUCACUGGUUACAUUUGAGCAAACUGGCAGCAGUUUCCAUCUAACAGUGGGAACAGUGGCUGUGCACUGGCCUUAUGGGAAAUGCCAAAGUGGAAUAUCAUCUUAGAAUACAAUGUUAUUGUUUACAGUGGCUGAAUGUUACCCAUAUGGAUGAAAAUAGCUUUUGAGAUGUCUAUUUGUACAGAUUGUAUUUCAUAAUGCUUUAUUGAGACCCAGAUUACACAAAUAAGCAAGAGACAAAGCAGGAAUAAUAACCAAAACCCAUGUGAGGUCUUUGGCCACGGUGCUUCGGGUAUCGUCCACAAUGUCGGAAGACAGGGACCAGACUUCUCUCACAUUCUUGGAAAGUGUUGACUUUUCUUUUAUCUUUUGUUAAUAUGUUGAAAAGCACACAGCUUUAGAAGAAAGAGAAACGCCUUCACUGAUCUGGGUUUCCCCCCUGAGUGCAGAAAAGAAAAGAGAUGCUGGAUAUGUUCAUAAUGUUCAAUCGGUAACAAGCUUGGCCACAAUCAUCAAGCACUGACUCACCAACCCUUACCCAUUAUCGUCAUCUGACACAAAGUAUUCAACAAAUUAAUUAGUAAUAAGCUGCACUGUACUUCUUUCCUGCAUGUUGUUGUCCAGGUUUCAGAACACUGUUUUUUUUUUUGUUUUGUUUUGUUUUGUUCAGGUUCUUUUUCUGAUGUCAGUGUUUUAUGUUACAGAGCUUUACAGUUUUUUGUUUUUUUUUAAAUGACUGUAAUGACUGUCAGUGCCCUCGGAAAAGUUAUUUUUUUAUCAUUUUAUUUCACCCCACAAGAUCAUACUAUCUGUACGGUUGGCUUUAUAAGGUUAUCGUGCUCAAAGAAAACAUUGUUACCUAAAAUGUUAGUGUUUUGAAAAUUAUUUUGUCAGGAAAAUAUACUGUCGUUAAGUGUCACAGAUUACAAUCUACUGCAGGUCUUAUGUAUUAAUGAAUCUUAGUCGGGCAAGUGUAUACACACACCAGUAGUUUGUGGCAUAUGCAUAUCUCAGAAUGGAUUCAGAAGGAAAACCUUUUUUUUAUUAUUAUUGUUUUUGUUUUGGAUGUUGUUUUUUUGUAUAUUUUAUAGUGUCUCCGUAUUUUUGUUAUGAGAUCAUUUUUAUUGUAUUUAGUUCACAAACAUUUGAAUAUUUUUCAAUAAUUUAUAUUUUAUAAAAGACAAGAAAUGCAGACAGCUGGUGCUUUCAUGGGAAUUUAAAGGUAGUGCAGGACAAAAUAAUGUAGCGAUUUGUUUCUGUUUUUGUUUUUUUAUUCUUUUUUGUUUUUUUAUAUAGAAAAUAGACCUGUCUGCUAGAGAAAAAAGGCUGAUGCUGGCCCAUCAAUGAUUUCUGCUGGAAAGGUUUUAUAAACUGUAGCUUCUAUUUCUAAAAUGUACUUAAUGUACUUCAAAAUGUUAUAAAAUAUAUGUGAACAAAGAUUUCA